AUGUCUGUAGCCCGACCACCUACCGAGAACUCUAAACCUAAGCUAAAGAGGGCUAGAGUUGAGAACUGGCCAGCAAUGAGUUUCUCUGAAGAGGACAAGGUUGGAACCGUACAACCACAUGAUGAUGCCUUGGUGAUCACUCUCAAGAUAGGGGGAUAUGAUGCUAAGAGAGUGAUGGUGGAUCAAGGCAGUGGGAUAGAAAUUAUGUAUCCUGAUUUGUAUAACAGACUGGGUUUGAAACUUAAGGACUUGACAACUUAUGAUUCGCCUCUGGUAAGCUUCAACGGGAAAGUUGUUAUUCCAAGGGGCCAGAUUCGACUACCCGUACAAGCAAGAUCAGAGGUGGUGAAGGUGGAUUUCAUUGUAAUGGAUGCUUAUUCUCCCUACACGGCCAUUGUAGUAAGACCUUGGCUUCAUGCCCUAGGAGCCGUUUCCUUCAUUCUACAUUUAAAGGUGAAAUAUCUGUCUAGGGACCUGAUUGAGGAGUUGGUUGGGAGCUAA